AUGCCGGAGGGUGUGGAGAUACGCAAAGUUCGUGCCGGAUUGGAACAGUGCGGCUUUGUCCGCCAUGCCCUGUCCCGUUGCUGCAGCAGCCGGCGCAGCAGCAGCAUCAGCAAUGAUUACAGCAGCAGCAGCAGCAGCGAUUGCGGCGAUGUCGAGCUAUGGCUGCAGCAGCAAACUGUCCGCAUUCAGCCAAUGGGACCCUUGACAGCGAUCCUUGGAGACACAGCUGACUGCAGCUGCCCUGUGUCCGUUUCGCUUUUGCGUUGUAUCAGACUUAGCAGCGCUGUUGCUGCUGCUGCGGCUCCGCUUCUGCUGCAUCUGAAACUUCAGGGAGCCGAUGCUGCAGCCGCGGCGCUAGCAGCGAAGGGAGAGUACCUGGUUUCACCGUAUUUCCAGCUAGCAGCAGCAGCAGCAGCAACAGCAGUAGGGGGUGACAAGGCCGUGGCGUUACGCGGCUUGACCCUUCCUGCUGCUGCUGCCGGUAUCGCUUCUGCCGAUGUACCUCCCGGGGGUAAUGCGAGCGCCGCUGCCCCUAGCCGCGGCUGCUCCUGCUGCUCCUGCUCCUGCGCAGAGCUGCAGCAGGGGGGACAGAAGCGAGGCCCCGUUCUAGCUGGACGGUCUGUCUUCAGCAUGGAGCGUCAAGCUAUCAGAAGCCUUCCGAGGCGCCUGCUGGAGGAGGCGCAGCAGAAGAAGCAAAAGCAAGACGAACAAACGGCCAGUUGUUUUUUCGGGGGCCCAUGGGGAUCAGGCCCACAGAAGAGGCUUGCAGACGCUUUAGGAACGGGGUUGCUGCAGCUGGUGCUGCGUGCUGCUGCAUCGGCAGCCGAAGAAGACGCACUUGGCAGCAGCAGCAGCAACAGCAACAGCUACGAAGCUGAUGGCAACACGAGCGAAGAAUGCUUGUCUGAAGGGCUCCGCUUCGUUGAGGUAAGAGAUGUGAGGGAGGCGUUUAUCUCAGAAGGCCCCGUUGCUGCUGCUGCUUCUUUACAGUUUGGAUUUGAAUUUGUGGGCUGCGGCACUUCCGUCAGAGCUGCUGUUGCCAGUGGAGCAGCAGCAGGAGCAGCAGCAACAGCACCAGAGACAGCACUUCCGUCAGAGCUGCUGUUGCCAGUGGAGCAGCAGCAGGAGCAGCAGCAACAGCACCAGAGACACCGCAUGUUGCGGUUGCCCGCAGUUGAUGUUCUUUUGUUGCACUCGGAACCCCUGGGCCUAGUGACCCUUUCAAAGGCUCAUGGCAGUAGCAGCAGCGGCACACCCUCUAGUGCAGACGGUAGUGCUGCUGCUGCUGCUGCUGCUGCUGCAGCUCGUGCUGUUGAUGGGCUCCGCAGCAGUGAGGAAGAGCCUCCGCUGCUGGUAGAUACCGAAGAGCCUUUACAAAUGGCAGCCCGAAAGAAGAGGGCUUCAAGGGACUGGGACGAUGGGGGGACAGGCAACAGCAGCAGCAGCAGCAGCGUAGGCCGCUGCUGUUGCUGCUGCUGCUUUCUAACGGAUGCUGCAGUGCCGCCUGUUUUCGAGCCUUUGCAGGCUGCACUGUGUUUGGGUUGA